CACAGGAGGGUCAUUUUCUGUGGUGUAUGUCAUUGGGCAUAUGUUUAUGCACUGCCGCACGCGCAUGAUGACAAUCCAGACCACAUCAUACUGCCAGCAAGGAUGCGCUCUCCCGUCCUUUGCAUCUCGUUUGCACUCCAGUGCUUCGUUCUCCAAAGCGCAUCCGAGUAUUCUUCCAAAUCCGAGCUGGAAUACGAAUUCGGUGACUAUCGUGGCAAGUUCUGUAUCGACGACCAAGGUUUUGUUUAUAGCAUCGGAGAGGUUUAUCAUCCGAGCUCCACCGCGUGUCCCUGCACCUGCACAGAGGAUGGACCCGUGUGUGUCAGACCCAGGUGCCCGCGUAUACACCCGAGAUGCACGCGCAUCACAUACAAGUCCUGCUGCCCCGUGUGUGAAGCUGUCAGUAAAGUUUGUGUGUACGGUGGCAAAACUUACAGAAUACUGGAGCAAUUUAAGUUGUCACCCUGUGAGCGCUGCCGGUGUGAAGUCAACAGAGAAGUUUACUGCACCAUAUCCAGCUGCCCUACCUUACAUUGUGUGAAUCCUGUAUACGAACCCAACCAUUGCUGUCCUGUGUGCAAAAAUGGGCCAAACUGCUUUGCUGGAAAUCGUGUGAUCUCAGCAGGAGAACGUGUUGAGAUUGAUGAGCGGAUGGUGUGUUUCUGCACUUACCGGGAUGGAACUGGGCAGACGUACCUUUACGCUACCUGUGUGGAGCGCCAACAAGCAGACAGUGAAGCCAGUGACUCCGACAACACAUCCAAACAGAGGGAGGAGACGGAGAAAGAGAGAGAGAGUGUGUUCUCACCCAGGCUGGAUGCCAUCCCAUGAAGAGAAGUGUGUCUGGCACCAGCUCUCCUGACAGGCAGGAGGGGAUAAUUGUAAAUUGUAAUGGUAAAAACU